AUGCCAUCACAACGAGCGAAACCCCCCAAAGAGGAAAAUGGGCCAUCGUCCAACGGUUUGGACCCGUCACUGGACGCCAUCAGCCUCGUCUCGUCGAGUCCGGUACUCAAGAGGCUGCUGCAAAUUGACAUUGAAAACGAACAGCUGCUGAAGCGAAACUCCGACCUCGAAGUGGCGAAUCGGACCAAUUUGGCCUCGAUUGCCGAGCAGCGUAACAAAUGGGAUGCCGAUAGGAACAUUGUCCUGCGUGAACUGCAGGAUCAAAAGGACAAGGUGCAAAGCUUGCGAAGCGCAGAGACAAAGGCCGAGACGCUGGACCGCCAGAUCAAGGAUCAGGAGAAAAGCAUCCUGACGCAGGUCGAAACCAUCAAGAAAAAGUCUGCCGAGAUAAGUCGCCAGCAGACGCUGUACGAAAAGACCAAGGAGGAGCUUGACAAGGAAAAGUCGAGUCGUACGGCUUUGAGCAGCAGCUUGCAGACGGCGAAGCAGGACAUGGCUCGCAACAAACUGGAGUUGACGAAUGCGAAUGCGUCCCUUGCCACCCUCCAGUCUUUUGUUGUUCCACUGCAGCCGGUGGCAGAUGCCAAGGCACAGAUCAAGGUGGCACUGUCCGAUAUCUUCCAUCGAUUUCUGGACUUGUACAAGGCCGAGUUGACUAUCGACGUGGCGGCAGACGCGGCGCCUGUGGCCGCCAUAGAAAAGCUGGGUAUCCCACUGCCAGCAUCCAACUCGUCAGCGGCGAAACAGAUGCGUGUCGUCGCCGCUCUCGCCGUAACGGGUGAAGCGCUUGCCAAAUACGUCUUUCAGCAGGCUCUCGUGGACCCGGACGGCAAUCUACAUCGCGUGCUUCGCCACCUGGCAGUUGAAGACGCAGAGCACGAGGCUUACGUGCGUGCUGUUCUGCUGCGACUUUUCAAGGAGCUUCCAGACAACAAACAGCGCGCCAUGCAAAGCGGCGGCAUUGCCAGCGCUGUUGGCGAUAUUGUCGAUGCGCUGGAGCCGUGGGCUCCACGGGCGAGACUCGAGGAAAAAGUGCGCCUGCUCUGCGAAGGUGCGGCCGAGGCGUGGAGUUUGGCGUUGGAAAUAGAGAAUAAGAUUGAGGCCGUCUUUCUGUUCCAGGUACCAGAGGACUGGCGUGCUGUGCCACUCGAGAAAAAGUCCACCACAAUUGGCGCGGCAAGCAUCAGCCAGAACAGCAAGUCCCAAGCAAAUACGCCAAAGCAGCCGGCGGGGACAGCUCAGACGCAGCAGUACAAUCCAGCGUCACUGAGCAAGAAGCAAGUGGCCAAAGUGGUCUGGCCAGUCUUUAUGGCGCUCACCCCCGACGAAGACGACCCCGAGAUUGUCUGCUGCGGGUAUGUCUUGACCAAGGCGCAGAUCCGCGAGGCCGAUGAGGAAGUGGCAGACGAGGAGUCGACGUACAAGAUGGCAAGACAGGGCUUGCGACGGCAAUCGACGACGCAAAAAAAAAGACGAAAUUCGUUGGCCGUGUCGUGA